GGUGAUGAUUUUUCUUCUUCUAAAAUAGUCAACAGCGACAGCCUGUGCUUGGGUAGCAAACCUCAGAACUAGAUCAAUUUUAUCUUGGAUUCCUCCACUGGGAACUAGUCUGUUAAGUUCCCUCUGUUGGAUAGCCAAAUAUUAACCAAGUCAACUUUGCAACUUCUGGAUGAUCUUCUGAGAUUGAGUGCUGGCUGAAGGCGCCGUAAGUUGCGAGGCGGUUACUAGCUGAUUGUGUAGAAUAGCAGAGCAUCCAACAAGGUCUCUGGAUGGCUGACGACCUGGCAGAUACUCUGGCUGAGCUGCCAUUGCUGGUGGAGGAGGAUGAGGGCCGUGUGGAGUGUGAAAGGUGCAGCCGUCCACAGCUGGCCUGCUGGUGUGAUCACCUGCCGAAUCCCCCGCUGGAUGUCCACACCAACAUCAUUAUUUUGCAGCACCCCCUGGAGGAGCGGCGGGCUUUGCGGACCGCACCCAUGAUUCAGCUGGGCCUGGCGCCCGGCCGGUGCACCGUCUACCGCGGCAAGAAGUUCCCGCAUGCCAGCCACGACGGCCUGGCGGCGCUGCUGCGGUCGCCGCGUACUGUGAUCCUGUACCCGGGUCCUGAGGCGGCGGACGUGACGUCACUGCCGCCGGCCGCCGCCUCCGAGCCGCCCUACAACGUGCUGCUGCUGGACGGCACCUGGCGGCAGGCCAAGACCAUGUACACGAUGAGUCCGGCUCUGCACGGUGUUCGUCAGGUACAGGUGAGCGGCCGCCUGUGCAGCAGCUACGUGGUGCGGACCCAGCCUACCAACGCCUGUCUCAGCACGGUGGAGGCGGCCGCCGCCUGUCUGCAGCACCUGGAGCAGCGGCCGCAGCUGGGGCCGCAGCUGCUGCAGCCGCUGCACGCGCUCUGUCGCGUGCAGCUCAGUCACGGCGCCGUGCGGCACAGCAGCAAGCAGGCGCUGAUCGAACGCGGCGAAUACGAGCGGCAGCGCGGCGCGCGGACCAAUCGCAUGUUUCGCCAGCUGGGAGUGGUGUUGUGACGCCGGCGGCAUCUAUCGGCGGCGUUGGGAAGCUGAAGUGCGAUGAUGGAUCGUGUGGAUCGAGCCCAUUCGUGGCCUGAUUGGCCCGGAUCUCAACGGGAGAUCAUUUGUCACGCUUUGAAGUGCAGUACUGCAAGGUCCGAUACGGUUUCUUGGCUCGUUGACUGCAAGUUUAUGCUAUGUCGUGGAAUUAGCAAGUAUGUAAUGGAUUUGGCUUUUUUGAUGGACUGAAGGUUAGUAGAGCCAUAUGACUGAAUGUAUCAAUGAA